AUGAUGCGUUGGAAUUUCCCUCUUAGAGGGAAAAGGAUUAAUGUCUGUGUUAUAGGUGGUGGUCCAGCAGGUAUAGCAAGUGCAUUGAGAGCAGUGGAUUAUAAGAAAAAAGCUUGUAUUAUUGAAUCAGCUCAAAUUGGAGGAGCGGAUCUUUGGAAUGGAGCCUUACAAUCAAAAACACUUUGGGAAAUGUCUAAAUUUGUUCGUUUAAUGAAUGGACAAACAGCAAAUCGAUUUAUGAAAUCUCGUCAACCCCUUCCUAAUAUAGAAUUUUCUAAUAUUCAAAAGGCAAUAAAAUAUGCUGCAGAAUUUCGUCAAAAACAAAUUCUUCAACAAUUAAAGACAGUAGAUAUAGAUGUAAUUCAAGGUUAUGGAGUAUUUACAUCCCCUAAUACUGUUGAAGUUCGUUUGACUAAUGGAGGUAUUGAAGUAGUAGAAGCUGAUUAUUUUGUUUUAGCAUGUGGAGCUAAACCUAGAAAGCAUGCUACCGUUAUUGGAGAUGGAAAAGUUGUUUUUACCUCUGAUGAUAUUAUGACUCAACCUUUUCCAAAAAGUAUAGUUAUUAUUGGUGCUGGUGUAAUUGGAUGUGAAUUUGCAUCAAUAUUUGCUAAUUUUGGUAUGACGAAAGUUAAUAUAAUUGAAAAAACUAAUCGUAUUUUACCAAUGGAAGAUGAUGAUGUAGCUAUGUUUGUUCAGAAACUUCUUGAAAUGAAAAAUGUAACUUUUCAUCAUCAUUCUGCUUUAGAAAGUAAUAAAGUUGAAGAUGGAAAGUUUCAUUACACUUUACGUGAUCUUCGAGAUAAUAAACUUACAAAUCAUGUUGUAGAUAAUGCUUUAGUUUCUAUUGGAAGAGAACCAAAUUUACUAGGAAUAGGAUUAGAAGCAAUAGGUGUUGAACUUAAUAAUGGUAGAUUAAAAAGAGAUCAAUUUAAUCGUGUUAUACCUCACAAACAUAUUUACGCUUGUGGAGAUGUUUCUACAAGGGUUGCAUUAGUUAAUGUAGGAGAAUUAGAAGGUCGUUUAUGUAUCGAACAUAUGUACCGUCCUCAUCCUGAAGGUGAGUUUGUACAACGCUUAGAUAACUUAUCAACUAUUAUGUUUCUUGAUCAAGAAGUUGCUGCAGUUGGUUUAAAUGAACAACAAUGUCGUAAACAAAAUAUUGCUUACAAAAUGUCUCGUUAUGGUUAUGAGUUUGUAGCUCGUGCAAUAGCUAUGGGUAAUACAAGAGGUUUUGUGAAAUUAAUAGUGACAAAUGAUCACAAAAUGCAAGUUCUUGGGGUAAGAGCUAUUGGUCCUCAUGCAAGUAGUGUUAUAGAGUUAGCAUCAUUGGCUAUUCACAAUCGAGAGUCUAUAUAUAAUUUAAGUGAGUUACGAACUGCAUACCCUGCUGUAACACAGGGAUUUCAAGAAUGUGUAAAUAUGCUACUUGGAACCUCAACGUUGAAGCCCAAUGUAUUUCCUCAACUUACUCUCGAAGAAUGGUUUCCUCCAAAUUUCGAUCGUGGAAGAGCAUAUCAAUAA